AUGUUGGCGAGCAAGGGCAAUAUAUUUCUGUUCUUCACAUUGCAAUAUUCAAAUACCACGCUCUGGCUAUGCAGACUUUUCAGGUAUGACAAUGGGUCUGCCUAUUAUCAUGAAGAUGAUCGUGAAGGUGUGGUGAAAGUCUCCAAACUCAUUAUUCACUCAAAUUAUGAGGAUUACGCAACAGAAGGUUUUAAUGUCUUACAAAGAAAAAUGCCCGUCCUCUAUAUUAGUGCUGCCAGUAGAACCGGUCUGGGCCAGUAUAUCUGCAACCAGCUUGGUCUCCCCAUUUCCUGUAUGUGUCGUGUGCCUUGUAACACCAUGUUUGGAUCUCAGCAUCAAAUGGAUAUAGCUCUAUUGGAAAGGCUGAUUAAAGAUGAUAUUGAAUGUGGAAAGCUUCCUCUCCUCCUUGUGGCAAAUGCAGGCACACCAGGUGCAGGACACACGGAUAAACUUCUACGCUUGAAGGAACUCUGCAGUCAGUACAAGAUGUGGCUGCAUGCAGAAGGUGUUAAUUUGGCCACAUUGACACUUGGUUAUGUUUCAUCAUCUAUACUGGCUGCAACUAAAUGUGACAGCAUGACCUUGACUUUAGGACCUUGGUUGGGCCUCGCAGCCGUGCCUGCAGUGACACUAUAUAGACAAGAGGAUCCUUCGCUGUCUCUAGCUGCGGGCCUCACCACAAGUCAGCCAGUUGAGAAACUUCGGGCUUUGCCUCUCUGGCUCUCUCUGCAAUACCUGGGACAUGAUGGGAUAGUUGACAGAAUCAAGUAUGCUUCACAGCUGAGCCAAAGGUUGCUGGAAAACUUAAAACAAAUAAGUUUCAUCAGAACCUCGGACAUAAUCAGCACACCCAAGGAACUGACAUUUACUGGAAAAUCUGUAGGGAAUAUCUUGGGGAAUAUUGUUUUGGCAAUAGUUGAAGAUGAAUUCAACUCUCCAGUGGUAGUUUUCAGAUUUGUCAAGGAACAGCAAAAAUCCGCGGCAAAUGGUGCUCAGUAUCAAACUGCUGCAGCUCAGGAAUCCAUGAAAGACACUAAUGAAAGUGAGAUUGAUGAUGCACUGAAUCGUUGGUUAGGAGAGCAGCUCGGACGCUUGAUACCGGCCAGUGGUAUAGAUGUUGUAGAACUAGAAGAUGAGGGUGUCUGUAUACGAUUUAGUCCAUUGAUGGCAGCAGCAGUUUUGAACACCAAGCCAGAACAUGUGGACCAAUUGGUUGAGCAUCUGGAAGCAAAAAUCCCAGUUCUAAUUAGCACCUUACAACUUCGAGAGGAAUUUAAACAGGAGGUUUACAGGACGGCUGACCUUUCAUACAUUGAAGAUCUGAGUUGGCCUGGAUUAGGCGCUAUACGGUAUGAAAUUGGCAAAGAAGACCCGGACUUAAUGGAGAUGGAAAAAAUCGCCACUGGAUUACUUAAGAAAUUGAAGGAACUUGACUCCGAUCUAUUGUUCUCAACAGGGCCCGAGUUUGGAGGGGAGAAGAACAGCAUUUAUAUUGGCAUGGUAACCGACAAUUUAGAUAUCCCAGAACUUGUGGUGACCAUUGCGGCCACAGGCAAAGAAAUAGAAGAAAGUUCAAAGUUAUUGGAGAACAUGACUGAGAUAGUCCGAAAAGGAAUUGUUGAAGCAGAGCAGGAGCUGCAAAAGGCCAGUGAAGCUAAACUACUUGAAGAGGGAGUUCUGCGACAGAUUCCUCUAGUUGGCUCAGUGCUGAACUGGCUGUCUCCAGUACAGAGAUCCGUUAAAGGGAAAUCAUUCAAUCUUUCAGGAGGUUUUCUGGAAUUAACAGAAAAUGUGUCUGAAAUGGACGCCCAGACAUCUGGAGUAACUCCAGCCACAACUCCUACAGUCGAUCACACUAAACACAAGUCACCAGGACAGAAAAUGUUUAGAAGGUCUUCCAAGACUUCUAUUUCAGAUGUGAUCACCGAAACCUCUUCAAUGAAUCACACAGACGAAGUAGAGGAAUCUGAAACCACCCAUGAAAUAACUAGACUUGAGGUGAAAAUGAUAUCCGCAAAUAUUCCAAUGCUUUCAAAUGAUAAUUUGGAGCUUCCUUCAGGCUAUGAGCCAGAAAAAUCUGAUACAAAUGGUAUCGAAAUAGCAGAAGUUCAGCCAAGCUCUAUAACAGAAGCUGAAGAUGUGGAGAAAGGAAGUCUUAGAUAAAAUGAAAGACACACCUUUGUAGCAGGAAGACUGCAAAUUCAAAGAAAGCACACGUCCAAUAUUUGGGAUAAAAUGGAAUCUUUAAGCGAACUGUGCCAUAUAAUACUACAUGCAGUAAGGAUACUACUGUUGAAUGCCUUGAAGUAGGAUUUGCACAUGACAGUGACAUGACUAGGAAUUUCAUGUCUGUUUCCUGCUGCCAAUUGUAAUUGAAAGUUUGAUUUUAAUAUUGAUCUCUAAUGGAAUCUGGGAAGUGGGAUGAAUCUCAAGUGCAAUUGUUUUGUUUUCUGUAGAGUGUGAAGAAACCUAUAGCUUUCCUUCCUACAUUGCAGUAGAAUGAAGUAUGCUAUUGUCCUAUGAACGGGUUAGUUUGUAAUCAUUUAAAAUUAGUCAAACUUUAUUGCUGUUAAUUUUGCACAUUGGUGAUUUUGUCCUUUAACUGUAUACCCAUUCUGUACAUCUUAAUUUAAAGACGAUUUAAGCUUCAAGCAAGAAGUUGUUUGGAUUUUUAGUUCAAAAUCAAAUAAAAUGUUUAAUAAGUGAAAUUCAACCUCAUUAAAGUAUAUACUCUA